AGACUAAGGCUAUCGACAAUCCGAGUAGGUUACUUUAAGAAUCGAAUUUUGUUUAAUUAUCAAAUUAUAGAUGUAAUUCGUGCUUUAUUUCUCUUAUAAUAUUCCUUUGUUCUAUGUUGGUUCACGCCCUCAAAGUCACACACAAAGUGGUGUCAGGAUCUGUAACACGAUCCAAACCUUUUGUUACAGCAGAUCCCUCCGUUCGUUAAUCUGAGUAGUUUCUGUGACAACUUGUCCAAUGUGGACGUACAUGUCAUUUUUAAAAGAAAUUAAAUGCAUAAGAAAAACUUACUUACGUGAGGUUAUUAGUUGGUGCACGCCAAUCAGGGAAGGUUUUGUAUCAUCAAGACUUUCGUACAAAUGUUUGAUUAUCAUGAAGACGAGUGUCCGUGGUAUUACUUUGACAGUUCCUACAAAACUCUGCUUGGCGCUUGUCUAUUUCUAUUUGGAGUGUUUGGGGCGCUGCUUAACGGCUGGUUGUUCGCUACCUUUAUUCAUAGCCACUUGUUAAUUUUCAAAAGUCACAUAUUGGUAUUCAAUCUGUGCGCGGCAUCGCUCGGAAGGAAUUUACUGGGAUUUCCUUUCUCGGGUUCUUCAGCUGUAGCAAAAAGAUGGCUGUUCGGUCCAUCCUGUUGUCAGCUAUUUGCGUUUUUCAAUCAAUUCUUUGGUGUCUUUCAAAUGACUUCAAUAUUCGUUUUAAUAUUAGAACGAUAUAUUCAAGUUAAGUUUUAUAAGCGUGAAAAAUCGGUGUACAUAAGGUUGUAUUGGACACUGAUCGCAGUAAGUUGGAUCAAUUCAUUUCUAUUCGCCACUCCUCCUCUGUUCGGAUACGGAUUAUAUUCGUGUGACACAACUGGAACAUCAUGCACCUUUCUUUGGCCUUCAAUGUCAUCGGGAGCAAAGCAAUUGGGUUACGCCGUGCCCUACAUUUUAAUUUGUGGACUCAUACCAAUUGUGGCAAUGUUUUACUACAUGGGAAAAGCGUUAAGAUUAGAAAAGAUAUUUUACAAGGGUGAACAACAAAGGGAACAAAAAUGUCUUACCCAGAGCGCACACGCGGUCUGUGUUGGCACAUUGGCCUUAUGGAUUCCAGCAGCUGUCCUAGCGGGAUGGCAAUGGGUACCGCUCCUCAUCAAAGGCUAUCGACCGCACGUGCCACCGACACUAGCUUUGAUCGCUUCCAUUGCUUCUGAAGCAGCAACUACUGUUCCUGUGCUGUGUUACCUAGCCGUGGAUGAGAGACUCAGAGCAGCGUUGUUGGGUAGAAUGCGAAAACAAUACGCUUUACUUCAACCCGAGCGAGCAAAGAUUUAUAAGAGAGUAUAGCAAAUUAGCGGUUACAGGUUUAAAUAAACAUAAGAAGAUAUUUAAAAAAAAAAUGGUCUAAAUUAUUUACAUAUAGAAAGAAUCGAUUCGAAUGUUUCGUAUUUUAUUCACUUAUAAUAAAUUAUUCCAAGUAAAAGUAAUGUGUUUUUAUAAAUAAAAUAUAAUUAUAUAGCCGUCAUGAUUAUCAAUCAUGUUACAUGUGAUAUGAAAGUAGAAUUUCUCGAUAGGCGUUACAUCAUGCCAUGAAGUCACACUGAAAAAUUUCAGUUCUGUUUCCUGUUGAAGUGAUUUAUCUAUGGACGAUAGGAGCUGUACGCAGCACAUUAUAACAAUGUACCAGAGUCAUUGCUUACCAAAAGCUAUGAUUAAAAUUGGAUAGUGAGAUGAUAGGGAAUUUUAGCUGCUAACAAAGUUUUUGUACGAAAAUAAAAAUGUGUUUGUCAAUAUUGUAACGACAAAGAAAAUCGCUUACGCUAGACCUAUUGAUUCAAAGUUAUUUAGCUGUCGAAAUAUGUUACAAUUGCUAAAGAAAACCUCGAAAUGCAUCUUUUCGACUAUAAUCAAAAUUUGAACAAUGCUUAAAGGAUAUGAAGCUAUACUUGAAGUGGAUUGCACACGUGCCGAAGGACUGAAAGCGAAUGUAAAAUAAAAUAUGGCUUAUUCCUAUGAG